AUGAGAAACACAAGUGACCCCACAUUUGAACUUGACCACCUGGCUACAUUUGCAGCUUGGACACGAGAUGGCUUUAUUCAGCCAGAAGAUGGAUUACUCAAAUUACGACAAAUGGAAAACACGACUGGUAUUUGGACUAUGAGAUGUCUUUUGGUAGUUGAAAAGAAAUUCUUGAUUAUUUUGGAUAACCAGUCUGGCGAGGAGUUAGAGAAAUUUCCCAUUCAAUUUGUCCAGUCGCCAACAGCCAUUUUUAAUAACGACACACGAGAGAUCUACAACAACUUACUUCUGUUUACAGUUGGUGAGGAUCCUAAAAGACGUACUCAGGCUGAUAUGCACAUUUUCCAAAGUGUGGACACAGCAUCGCAGAAAAUAGUGGAUGAAAUUUUACUGGCACAGAAAGGUGAACCCAGAGGACAAAGAAUACCUCCUGCCCCAAUGCAGGCACCACCCAGACCUUCAGAGAGAGACAUGUAUGACUUUAAUGGAAUGAAAGAUUACCUAACUUCACAAAGAGGAAGCAGAUAUUAUGGUCCUGGGCCUGAUGCUAAUCGAUCAAUGAAAGUGAAUCGUGCCUACAGAGAAGAGUUUGAACCAGGACAGAAUGAGGUUCUGGAGCGAGAUGUGCAAUUAUUAAACCAUUGUUUUGAUGAUAUUGAGAAAUUCGUUUCCCGACUUCAGCAGGCAGCUGAAACUUUUAAAGAAUUGGAGAAAAGAAAGGCAGGUAAUGCUCGAGACAGAAAACGUCAGUCAGGAGAAGGUAUCAUGGGAUACAGAGCCAGACCUCCACCAAGUCAAGAUUUUAGCGAUAUCUUCCAAAAAUUCAAAUUAUCUUUCAACUUGUUGGCAAAAUUAAAGGCUCACAUCCAUGAUCCAAAUGCUCCUGAAUUAGUGCAUUUCCUGUUCACUCCAUUGAGUCUGAUUUACGAAGCCAGCCGAGAUCCAGUUCAUGGGCGAGUCAACUUAGCAGACAGUGCUGUCGCUCCUUUAAUUACUGCUGAUGCUAAACAGCUCUUGCAGAAUUGUUUGACUUCCAAGGAAAUAGAAUUAUGGCGUGCCCUUGGAAAUUACUGGACCACAUGUAAAGAAGAAUGGAAAGGACAUAUACCAAGUUACACUCCAAGAUUUUACGAUGGUUGGCAGCCAAACCAGAUCCAUGAAAAUGGUUUCAGAAAUUCAGAAAUAGAUGCACCGAUAAAACAUCGCUAUGAAGACGACCGUUCACUUACUUAUGUACCUUUCUCACAUGAAAGAGAAGAUAGAUAUGGUAACUAUGGUGAUUACCGACAACCCAGGGAUUUCGAGCCGCCGAGAACUCAUGCCGUUGUGGCGCCACCAAGCCCACGUUUAGCACCAAGAGAAUAUCGUGACAACAGAAUGGAACCUCAUCAUAGCCAUAAUAGUCCUGAAAAUGACAAUGCCAAAUAUAUAUCAGAUCUUCGUAAUUCUGGUCACAAAGUGUUUGAAGUGAUUCAUGAUCGAGAAGGCAGGAAUAGCAAGGAAGUUUCUCUCAGCAAAGGGGAUAUAGUGGCAGUGUUGGAUGAUAGCAGAAAUUGGUGGAAGGUGAGGAAUAUUGCUGGAAAAGUUGGUUUUGCUCCGUAUACAAUAUUGAAGGAAGUAAAGGAUGAUUAA